ACACUCCACACAGUUCGAUAGCAUAAAGAUUUUUAAAGUAAAAAUCAUAAACUAACGCACAUAUAUAAAUCUAUAUUCCAGCCUAUAUGCAUAAAGAAAAGACAAGCGUGAUACCCGCUUUGAUAAGAUCUCUUCCUUUAUCUUUCUCAGUCUGUGAGAGAUACACGGAGAGAUAAAAGUGUGUGUGUGAGAUAUAGAGAGGGAAUGGGGUUGGCUUUACUUUUCUGUACUGUAUUAUGAGCAAAGAGCAAAAACUCAUUCUUUCAAGAAGAAGAUGACUCCAGAAGAAAAUGCGCAGUCCUCCUUGCUUGAUUCCCUGUACUGUGAAGAGGAAAAAUGGGGCGAAUUUGAAGAAGAAAGCAAUGAAAAAACCACCUUUAAUGGAGGAAAUCUGUCUCAUCUUCCUUUACUGUUAACCGAACAAGAUUUGUUCUGGGAAGAUGAAGAACUUAACUCACUUUUCUGCAAAGAAAAUGAAGCAUUUCUCGAUGGAACAGACAUUUCUCUUUCUCUGCAGGCACGCACAGAUGCAGUUGAAUGGAUCUUGAAAGUCAAAUUUUUUUAUGGGUUUUCAGCGUUGACUGCCAUUCUUGCAGUAAAUUAUCUUGACAGGUUCCUUUGCAGCAUCCAUUUUCAGAAAGAGAAGCCAUGGAUGAUCCAACUUGCAGCUGUUACUUGCCUCUCUUUGGCUGCAAAAGUUGAAGAAACCUGUGUUCCCCUCCUCUUAGAUCUUCAAAUUGAGGAUACAAAAUGCAUGUUUGAGGCGAAAACCAUUCGAAGAAUGGAGCUUCUGGUGUUAUCAGCGCUCAAUUGGAGGAUGAAUCCAGUGACUCCACUUUCAUUUCUUGAUCACAUUAUUAGAAGGCUAGGAUUAAAGAGCAAUAUUCACUGGGAAUUUCUCCGGUGCUGUGAGAAUCUCCUUCUCUCUCUAUUGGCGGAUUCAAGAUUCGUACGCCAUCUACCAUCUGUCUUGGCUACGGCAACCAUGCUUCACGUUAUUCAUCAAGUUGAGCCUUGCAAUGCGAUUAACUAUGAAAACCAGCUUCUUGAGGUUCUUAAGAUCAACAAGGAGAAAGUGAAUGAUUGCUAUGAGCUUAUUUCAGAUUUGUCAAACAGGUGUUUACAUGGCCAAAAAAAUUCCCAGAAGCGGAAAAUUUGUCAAGUUCCAAGCAGCCCAAGUGGAAUAAUGGAUGAAUUUUUCAACUCGGAUAGCUCUAAUGAUUCAUGGAGAACUGUAGUAUCGUGCGUUUCCUCAACGCAUCAGCCUGUCUUCAAGAAAAUUAGGGUUCAUGAACAGCAGAUGAAAUUACCAUCUUUAAGCAGGAUUAUUGUGGCUGCAAUUAAAAACCCUCAUUAGCUAUCUAUCUAGAUUUGGGUAGCACGGAAUGGCAAAUAAAGAAGCUAUAAUUUCGUUCAUUGUACUGUCCAAUGUUGUUCCGAACUGCACACCAGAUAUGCACUUAAAUUGGUUUCGUAUUUAAGAGUUCAAGUUAAAUUGCAUGCAUUUAAUCACUCUGCCAUUAUCACAAGAAGGGUACUAAAAUCAGAAUAUUAUUAUCGUAAUUAAAGAAAGAAGAAGAGAGUUAAUGGUGGCAGAAAGAGCCGGCAAUUUACACAGAAGAGUGAAAAGGACAAGGAAUGAAGAAUGUCUGCAUUCUGUAGCUAUGAUGAUGCUAAAUCUCUCUCUUUCUCUCCAUCUCGUCCUUUCCGGGAAUACUACUUUGUAUGGACAUGUCUGUAUUAUCAUAAAUUGAUACAAUAUUUAUGUUACCAUGUUUGAGA